CUGUUGUCUGCAGUUGUCUGCGUAUAUUUGGGCGAAGUUAAAAACUUUAAUGUUCUUCGAUUUAAUUCUAUUACAAUGUUUUAAAGAAUCGACUCUAGCUUUAGGUUUUUAAAAUAACUGACUAUAAGCAUUUGAUAUGGAUUUCCAAAAUAGACCGGGUGGCAAAACCGGUGGUGGUGGUGUGGCGUCAUGGUCCGAAAGCAACAGGGACCGGCGCGAGAGGCUCCGCCAGCUUGCCUUGGAAACUAUAGACCUAAAUAAGGAUCCCUAUUUUAUGAAAAAUCAUUUAGGCUCAUAUGAAUGUAAACUUUGUCUGACACUCCACAACAAUGAGGGCAGUUACUUGGCCCACACUCAGGGCAAGAAACAUCAAGCCAACCUCGCGCGCAGGGCGGCCAAGGAGGCCAAGGAAGCUCCUCAGCAACUGGCCCCUGAAAAGCCAAGGAUAGAACCCAAGAAGUUUGUUAAAAUUGGAAGGCCCGGUUACAGAGUUACUAAACAAAAAGACCCGGAAAAUGGACAACAAAGCUUACUCUUUCAAGUUGACUACCCAGAAAUUGCUGAAGGUGUGCAGCCAAGGCAUCGUUUCAUGUCAGCUUAUGAACAAAAAAUCGAACCUCCAGACCGCAGAUGGCAAUACUUGCUCUUUGCUGCUGAGCCGUAUGAAACAAUCGCAUUCAAGGUGCCAAGCAGAGAAGUGGAGAAGCAUGAUUCAAAGUUUUGGACUCACUGGAACAAGGAUACGAAGCAGUUUUUCUUGCAGUUUGCGUUUAAAAUAGAACCGUUACGCAUGCCUCCCCCACCACCUAAGAUGUGGGAGGGUCACGGCAUGCGGCUGCCGCCCCCUCCUGGGGCGCCCAUGAUGGGUGUGCCGCCGCCUCCCCCCUUAUUACCAGUACCCCCACCCCCACCUUCAAUGUAGUUAAGUGAGUGUAAGGUAAAAAUAAAUCUUAUAAUAAAAGGAAUAUUUUUUUA